CUUAAGGGUCGGGACGAGCAAGAUGGCGGCGGCUGCCGUGGAUCCACGUGGGGAAGCGAAAGUUCUCGGCGCUGAAUUGGAAGAAAGCGAUAAUGGAUCUGAGUGGAGUUCAGGGGUUCCCGAAGAUAGCUUUUCAAGUGAUGAUGGAGAGCAGGAUGAUGAAGUUGAUGAUACACCUAAGACCCCAGAUACACCUAAAGAUGAAGCAGAAUCCAAAGAAGCAGGAAACGCUGGAUGGGCUGAAGCCAUGGCCAAAGUGCUUAACAAAAAGGUUUCUAGUGACAAGCCCACUAUCCUGUUGAAAAACAAGGAGCAGGAUGUAGAGCGAAAAAAAGAAAAACAAGAAAGAUUGGAGCAGAGGAAGAAGCUGAAUAAAAAGCGAGAAUGGGAAAUGCUGUGCCGAGUGAAGCCAAAUGUUGUCACAGACAGAGAAGUUGAGAGAAACCUUCAGAGGAUUGCCACAAGGGGUGUGGUUCAGUUGUUCAAUGCAGUCCGGAAGCACCAAACCAAUGUGGAUGAGAAGAUGAAAGAAGCAGGCAGUUCUGAGAGGAAACGAGCUAAAUUGAUCUCCUCGGUUUCCAAGAGAGAUUUCAUCAACGUCCUCCGAGGAACGGAUGGAAAAGAAAUGGAACAAAAUCCUGCUAGGAAGUCAUCAAACAGCCGUCAGGAUAAGUCGAAAUCCGAAGAAGCUCCAGCAUGGAGUAUAUUGCGAGACGAUUACAUGAUGGGAGCCUCGAUGAAGGACUGGGAUAAAGAAAGUGAAGAGGAGAACAAUGCUGGAGAAGGCAGCAGCGUCAAGCAGGAGAGUGGAAGUGAUUCAGAUCGAUAAUAUUCAGAGUCAUCCAGAAAUCCAAGGGUAUUUUUGACACUGUGUGUAGGGAUUGGGCUUUAAAGGACGCCUUUUUAUACACAGACCACCUUAAAGAACAUGACACUUGGGCAGCCGAUA